GUGACUGAAAGCUGGGUCUUUAGCCCAACACACAGGAAGCAGACGCUUUACUGGGACCAGAAACUGACUGAUGACUGAUUCUGGCUUCAUCUGGCAUCUUUUAGCAUCUUCUAGCAUCUUUCUCAGUGGGAUUUUGCACUUUGAAUCCAGUCUAUUUUAAAAUUAAAAAUGACUUUUUAAAUCUAAAUAUAUUUAAAUUGACUUUUUCUCAGUUUAAUCAUUUUAUCACCAUUCAAUUUAUGUUGUUCAAUUCUAUUUCUAAAUGUGUUCAUAAAAAAUAAUGUCGCUAAAAUGUAAAAGCAGUUAAUUAUGACAGGAUCUGCAUCCAUGAGAAAAAGAGAAAAAAUAACAAUGCACUGCCCAGUGCUAAUUAUAGAAGAAGGACUUGGGGUCGGCCCGAAGGAGCAAAGAUUGCUAAACGCCUCUUUUAUUGCCAAAGGAUGGAGGAGAACUCUGCCAGAAUUCCGAGGUACUCUGUAUUACCUCAAGGCUUAAACAGGAACAUAACAAUGGAUUGUAGGAGAAGGUGCUUUGCCUGCGAAUAGUUCCCAGUUCAUCAGUUACUGCUGGAUGUUUGGAUUACGAGUCCUCUCGGCUACUGUGGCUUAGCGGGUUCAGGCUCAUUACUUUAGCUGGAAAAAUGAAUCAAAAGAGACCUGUUUUACAGGACAAUUAUCAAUCAAAAUACCCCACGGUCGAGAAGAGGAACAGAAGUAAAGACAAUCUCCUGAUGAAUGCUGAAUUUGGUGAGGAGGGUUAUUACAGUUAUGGACAUUACCAUAGUGACGGUGCACAUCCAGCACGACAGAAUUUGGUUAAAAAUCGGAGGCAAGCAGUGAGAGGGGCAGCGUACAUGUUCAACGCACACCCCAACAGCCUGACGCCAGUGGAGGAACGCUUCCUUGACGCUGCUGAGUAUGGAAACAUUCCUGUAGUGCGCAGAAUGCUGGAGGAGAUCCCUGGGCUGGAUGUGAACUGUGUGGACUACAUGGGCCAGAAUGCACUGCAGCUUGCAGUUGCAAACGAACACCUUGAGGUUACGGAACUUCUGCUAAAGAGAGAUAACCUGUCUCGUAUUGGGGAUGCACUACUCUUAGCCAUAAGCAAAGGCUACAUACGCAUCGUGGAGGCCAUCUUGAGCCACAAGGCCUUCGCUGACUCCAAAAGACUUACAGCCAGCCCGAGACAGGCAGCAAUGCACGACGACUUCUUUGCGUACGACGAGGACGGGACGCGAUUUUCUCACGACAUCACACCCAUCAUCUUAGCAUCUCACUGCCACGAGUAUGAGAUCGUGCACAUUCUGCUGGGUCGGGGAGCUCGUAUCGAGCAGCCUCACGACUACUUCUGUACCUGCGACACCUGCAAUUACCAUCAGAAGUAUGACUCUUUCAGCCACUCACGUUCACGCAUCAACGCAUACAGAGGGCUGGCCAGUCCAGCUUACCUGUCCCUGUCCAAUGAAGACCCGGUGCUCGCAGCCCUAGAGCUCAGCAACGAGCUAGCCUGUCUGGCCAACAUCGAGAAGGAGUUUAAGAAUGAUUAUAGGAAACUCUCGAUCCAGUGCAAAGACUUUGUAGUUGGGCUUUUAGAUCUGUGUCGGAACACAGAGGAAGUGGAGGCCAUUCUGAACGGGGAGGAGGACGACAGCUGUGACCUUCCCGGCCGUCCAAGUCUCACCCGACUGAAUCUGGCCAUAAAGUAUGAGCUGAAAAAGUUUGUAGCACAUCCUAAUUGUCAGCAGCAGCUCCUCUCUAUCUGGUACGAGAAUCUGCCUGGAUUGAGGCAGCAGACCACGGCUGUGAAGUUGCUGGUGGUCUUGGGUGUUGCAAUAGGACUGCCCUUCUUAUCCAUGGUGUACUGGGUGGCACCAUGCAGUAAGCUGGGGAAGAUCAUGCGCGGGCCGUUUCUGAAGUUUGUGGCUCACGCGGCGUCUUUCACUAUUUUUCUUGGCAUGCUAGUCCUGAACGCAGCAGAUCGCUUUGAUGGGACCAAACUGUUGCCAAAUAUGACCAUCCAUGACUAUCCAACACAGCUGUUCCGCAUGAAGACAACCCCCCUCACAUGGAUGGAGAUGCUCAUCGUCUUUUGGGUCAUAGGAAUGAUCUGGGCAGAAUGCAAGGAGAUAUGGUCUCAAGGUCCAAGAGAGUACCUCCUGGAACCCUGGAACAUGUUGGAUUUUGGAAUGCUAGCCAUUUUUGUUGCAUCGUUUGUCACAAGGCUGAUGGCUUUCUGGCACACAUAUGCAGCGCAGUGCUAUGUUGAUGUACAUUACACAGAUAUAACCAAUAUAACUUUGCCUCUGGAGGUGGAGUACUUCCGGCUGGCUCGUAUCGAUUGGUUGCCAUCAGAUCCUCAGCUGGUUUCAGAAGGGCUCUAUUCCAUUGCUGUGGUUCUGAGCUUCUCUCGAAUUGCGUACAUCCUUCCAGCCAAUGAGAGCUUUGGGCCGCUACAAAUCUCUUUGGGAAGGACUGUAAAAGACAUCUUUAAGUUCAUGGUGAUCUUCAUCCUGGUUUUUCUGGCCUUCAUGAUUGGAAUGUUCAACCUUUACUCAUAUUAUUUGGGUGCUAAGCAGAACGACGCAUUCACAACCAUCGAGGAAAGCUUCAAAACUCUGUUUUGGGCCAUUUUCGGACUCUCUGAGGUCAAAUCAGUGGUUGUGAACAACGGACACAAGUUCAUUGAGAACACCGGGUAUGUUCUCUAUGGAGUGUACAACGUCACCAUGGUCAUUGUCCUCCUCAACAUGCUCAUCGCCAUGAUCAACAGCUCCUUUCAGGAAAUUGAGGAUGAUGCAGAUGUGGAGUGGAAAUUUGCCCGUGCCAAGCUUUGGUUCUCCUACUUUGAGGAGGGCAGGACCCUCCCGGUACCCUUCAACCUAAUGCCCAGCCCUAAGUCUUUCCUAGGGCUGGGCUUAGGCCUGAAGGCCCUGAUGCAGAAGAUCAUCCAGAAACACAAGGCAAUGACAAAGGGUGAAGCAGAGCUCAGUGAGUUUGGGGAAAAGGCCAGUGGAGAGGCCAGCCGUAGAUAUAAGAAGAUUAUGAAGCGCCUCAUCAAACGGUACAUCAUCAAAGCUCGAAUGGACAAAGAAAGUGAUGAAGUCAAUGAAGGUGAACUGAAGGAAAUUAAGCAGGACAUUUCCAGCCUGCGCUACGAGCUUCUGGAGGAAAAGUCUUACAACAUGGAGAACAUGGAAGAGCUCAUCCGGAAACUGUCUGCUUUAACCGAUACAGACUGAAGCCUCACUGGAGCUGAUUUACAGUGUGAUAUCUUGUGAAAUCUUCUGUGGGAGCAUUUGAAUGUGAUCAGCCUGAAUAAAAGACUAUCCACAAAAGCCACAGAAGAUCCACAGAUGUCCUGCCUGUAUAACAGACUGUUGUCUCUGAGUACUGUGAAGGAUUUAUGUUUUUAUUUUUCUUAUCCUAGUUUUUAUCAGACACAUUGCUAUUUACAUUAUGUGGGCGAAAGUAUUUGGACACCUGCUCAUUCAUUGUUUUUUCCCCUGAAAUGAAGAGUAUUAAAAAUAGUUCAUCCUGCUUUUGUUGGAGUAACUGUCUCUACUGUCCAGAGAAGACUUUCCACUAGAUUACACAUUGCUGUGAGGGAUUGAUUGCAUUAAACUCAUUCAAAACAACAAACCUAAACAACUGUUGUUACAAUCUCCAUUAUUCUAUUUUAAAAACCACAUUUAAACAUUACUUCAAUUAUUUAAAUUAAUUUGAUUAACCUCCCAACCCCAGUACCAUGAAUAUAAUACAAAUUAAUAUGGUUAGUUUUUAAAUUGACCUUUAAAUUGUUUAUUGAACCCUGUCAGACCUGAGUUAUCCCCAGUGAUGAAAAAAAAAUUAAGAAUGCUGUUUUUUUUUCUGUAAUACACAGAAAAGAAGAUUAUAAUAUUCUACUAUAAAAUCUGUAUAGUAAAUUAAUCCAAUUAUUAGAUUAAUAUUUCCAGCUCUGGAAAAAUUUAAGAGACCACUUCAAUUUCUGAAUCAGUUUAUCUGAUUUUGCUAUUUAUAGGUUUAUGUUUGAGUAAAAUGAACAUUGUUGUUUUAUUCUAUAAACUACAGACAACAUUUC